CAGCAGAUCUUGAGAAAAGUGACACUUUGUUGUCAGACUCGUUGCGUGUACAUGGAUCCUACCAAUUCCGGUGUCGAAUAACCCCUAAUCAUUUCUUUGAACCUUGUAUCGUCAAUUGUCGUUGACUAUUAUCUACCUAAUUAUUCUCUCUGCGGCGACAAGUGACCACGUUUGUUUCAGCACUUCCCUUUCUUCUAACCCUCGAAACUUCCACCCUCGAUAAAAACCACGACAACUCACGCGACCAUGAAGAUCGGACGACGGCGUGUUCAGAUCCUCCUGUUCCUCCUCGCCUCUGCCCUUGCGGCGGAAGCCACAGAUGCCUCCCUCCCUCGAGAGUCCAUGGCCAGGAACUUUGCCAACGCAAGGUCACUGGGGGAAGUCGUCGCUGCGUCGGGAGGUACCACUGGGGGAGGAAAGUCAUCACCGAUCGGGACCGAACAUGCUCCUGUAGAUGGCCGAGAUGGAAUGCCACACGAGGGACCCUUUGUCGAGACGAACGCAGAAAGAACGCGGAAGAAGACACAAGGGAAAGGGUACGAAGACGAUCCGGUGGCUGAGAAAUCACCAUACACGAGCGGAGAUCUUCCGCAAACCAACGAUGCGGUGAUGGAUGACCGCCUGAAAUCGAAUCCAGCCGAGGGCACUAGAGGUGUGGAAGGCGGCAUCUCAGAGAAAUCCAAAGAGAACAGACUCUCCGACAAGAAACCUGAUCCUCCCAAGGACGCCAGGCCUCUCCCACACCACGAAGCAGAGACUCUGCAAGACACAGAUAAGACGCAAACAUCCUCAGAAGAUGAGCCCAAAAAGAUCCUCACGGCACCCCAAGACCUCCCAGACAAACCUCACGAUAUCCCUUACCCCGAAAACCCAUCUUCGCCGAAAGACAGCACCAUCCUCUCGGAAAACCCGGACAAAUCGUCAAAAGGAAAAGACCAUGAACCGGCCGUCAUUUCGCCCAUGCACUCCCUGGUGCUCUCAUUCACCAUGAUCCUCUUCUCCGAAGUGGGCGACAAGACAUUCCUCGUCGCAGCGCUCAUGGCCAUGCGCCACCCCCGGGUCCUCGUCUUCACCGCUGCGUUCUCCGCUCUGAUCACCAUGACCGUCCUUUCGGCCGUGCUGGGCCACGCCGUCCCGACGCUGAUCCCCAAGACGCUCACCAACUUCGGCGCAGCUGGCCUGUUCCUGGUGUUCGGGGUCAAAAUGCUGAUCGAAGCGCGCGGCAUGAGCCCAGACGACGGUGUCGGUGAAGAGAUGAAGGAAGUCGAAAUGGAACUGGAAGAAAAAGAACACCAACAACGGCGGAUGUCCCGACGGCGGUCGUCCAUCUCCCCCUACGCCUUGGAAGCUGGUCGCGCAGGAAUCGGACGAAAACACACCAACGGUCGAUUACCUUCGCCUCCUGAAAGCCCGGCGAGUUCACGUGAGGCUUCCCCGGAGCGGCAGUCGACGUUCAAGAGCAUGCUCGGCGGCAUCAACAAUCUGUUCUCACUCCUCCUGAGUCCAGCGUGGGUGCAGACCUUCGUCAUGACCUUUUUGGGUGAAUGGGGCGACAGGUCACAAAUAGCGACCAUCGCCAUGGCAGCAGGCCAGGAUUACUGGUGGGUCACGGCGGGCGCAUUGGGCGGGCAUGCGAUUUGUACCGGUGCGGCUGUACUUGGUGGUAGAGCCAUUGCGGGCAGAGUCAGUAUGAGAACUGUGACCAUGGGAGGUGCGAUUGCUUUCUUGGUCUUUGGCGUCAUUUACCUUCUCGAAGCCGUGUAUUGAUUUGCAAACUACUAUCGAUUCAAUGAUUUCUUUUUGGAUUUGUUGGGUUUUUUUUGAUGUUUCUCAUUCAAUUUCUCCUGAAGAGGAAAAGGAAGACCAGGGACAUACAACAAAACAGGAUGGUUUGACAACUCAUGGAGUGAUUGGGGCUUUUCAAAGAGAGUGUGUGUAUCAUAAAAAUGCGUCAUCUGAUACCUCUGGUAACGGAGGUGGAUAUCAUGAAAUCCUGGGGACCUGAGAACCGAACGAUUUGCAAGAAUAUAAUUCUUUUUUUUUUGAGGCGACCGGGUACCAGGUACCUAGGUAGUAUAUGUACAUGUACCUGUACUUGAUUCUACAGACUUUACAGCUUUUCUGGUUUUGUGUGGAACCAUUUCAGGCAAACAAAAAGAAAGGAAAACGAAGAGAAAAAG